CUGUUCAUUGAGGAAUGGCGGUUUCCACAGCGUCUCAGCUCUUCUUCUACGCGUUUGCUUGCAUUCUCAUAGUUCUUCCUCGGCCUGCAUUUGGAAUCACAAGACAUUAUAAGCUCGAAAUCAAAAUGCAAAAUGUGACACGCCUUUGCCACACGAGGAGCAUUGUUUCAGUCAAUGGGCAGUUCCCAGGGCCUCGGCUUGUGGCAAGAGAAGGCGACCGCCUUCUGAUAAAAGUCAUGAACCAUGUUCCAAACAAUAUCUCCAUGCACUGGCACGGGAUCAGGCAGCUGCGUUCUGGUUGGGCUGAUGGACCAGCCUACAUAACACAGUGUCCUAUUCAGACAGGACAGAGCUAUGUCUACAACUACACCGUUGUUGGACAGAGAGGCACACUUUGGUACCAUGCUCACAUUUCUUGGUUAAGAUCUACAUUGUACGGUCCAAUCAUCAUUCUUCCCAAAUACGGUGUUCCUUACCCGUUUGAAAAACCUUAUAAAGAAGUUCCAAUGAUCUUUGGGGAGUGGUUCAAUGCAGACCCCGAGGCAAUCAUUAACCAGGCACUCCAAACAGGAGGUGGCCCUAAUGUUUCAGAUGCUUACACAAUCAAUGGUCUUCCUGGUCCAUUAUACAACUGCUCAGCUAAAGACACAUUCAAACUCAGAGUGAGACCUGGAAAAACAUACCUUUUACGGCUAAUUAACGCUGCACUGAACGACGAGCUCUUCUUCAGCAUCGCAAACCACACAGUAACAGUUGUUGAGGCUGAUGCAAUCUAUGUCAAGCCAUUCGAGACCGACACCAUCUUAAUUGCCCCUGGCCAGACCACAAAUGUUCUUCUGAAAACUAAACCUAAAUACCCGAGUGCCACCUUCUUGAUGACUGCUAGGCCAUAUGUUACAGGUCAAGGCACCUUUGAUAACUCUACUGUUGCAGGCAUAUUAGAGUAUGAACAACCUAGAAACGCCAAAGCGAUUCACUCAAAAACCUCUAUCAAGAACCUUCCACUCUUCAAACCGGUUCUUCCUGCUCUAAACGACACAAACUUUGCCACCAAAUUCGUCAACCAGUUGCGGAGCCUUGACAGCAAGAAAUAUCCGGCAAACGUGCCUAAAGAGGUCGAUCAGAAGUUCUUCUUCACGGUAGGACUGGGAACUAACCCAUGCAGCACGAAAAACCAGACAUGCCAAGGGCCUAAUGGCACCAUGUUUGCAGCCUCCAUCAACAAUAUCUCCUUCACAAUGCCCACAGCAGCUCUUCUCCAAUCUCACUAUUUUGGCCGGUCAAAUGGAGUAUACAGAACAGAUUUUCCCUUUGACCCCCUCUUCCCAUUUAACUACACAGGCAAUCCACCAAAUAACACCAUGGUUAGUAAUGGGACAAAGUUGCUGGUUCUACCCUUCAAUACCAGUGUGGAGCUGGUGAUGCAAGACACUAGCAUUCUUGGUCUUGAGAGUCAUCCCCUUCAUCUUCAUGGAUUUAACUUCUUCGUUGUCGGGCAAGGAUUUGGGAAUUUCAACCCCAAAAAGGACCCGAAAAACUUCAAUGUUGUCGACCCGAUAGAGAGGAACACAGUCGGAGUGCCAUCUGGUGGUUGGGUGGCUAUUCGAUUCCUUGCAGAUAACCCAGGAGUGUGGUUCAUGCACUGUCACUUGGAAGUACAUACCAGUUGGGGUUUGAAGAUGGCUUGGCUAGUUUUAGAUGGAGACAAGUCUAACCAGAAGCUUCUUCCUCCCCCGGCAGAUUUGCCAAAAUGCUGAAAACUAUCUUCCUUCUCCAAGAAUUCUUGUUCGUUUUCUUUUUCCCGAAUUCAAGAUUUUUCAGAUUCUUCGGCUGCUCAUCAAUUUGACAUGAGGUCAUUCUGUGUUAAAUAAGUUGUUUUGUUGGUUUGUACAUGAGGCCAGUUUGUGUUAAAAGUAAAAUUGUUUUGUUGUUUAA